UAGUUCGACCAGUUCGGCUCAUCGGAUUUAGCGACAGCAGAAGUCCGAAAAUUCAUCGUUUUAGCAUCAGUUAUAACCCCAGAAUGAAAUUAAUCCGUAGUUUUUUUUUGUUUUUUUAAUACGUCCAAUGAAAUGCGAAGACGAAGGUUCAGAAACCGGAAGAAAACAAGCUAGUCAACGGUUUCAAUUGGAGCAAUUCUAAGUAGGCUACGGUCCCUGUGGUCCGAGAGCAGCGUCAUGGUGGACAUUGCUGUGAAGAGCGGAGCUGCUUGGGUCUGCCACGCGCCGGGACAUCAGUUGGCUGAUGUCCUGCUUCCUGUUCACAUCGGUAACAAAGAGGAUCAUGAAGAGGAGCUCAGUCAGCCGGAAGGAGACGAGACAAAUUGGGGCGGCCCGGUGCUGUUGGAGCAGACAGAGGAAGGGUCUCCGUGCGUCCUGACGCUCCGCUGCGGCCCCGGCUCCUCUACCGCCAUCAGCCGCCUGCUGGUCAUCAGCGAGGCUCGAACCAUGGAGGUGUACAGCCAGACGGGAGAAUACUGCGGGACGAUACGCGGUGAGAGGGGCGACAGCGUCCAGCCAGACAGUUCAGACAGAGGCCCUUUUUACAAGAAACAGCUGAUCCUCGAGCAUCCGUGCCCAGCCUGUGAAGUCAAGCUGCUGUCCCUGGGCGGUAGAAGCAGCGUUCUGGUGGCUCGCGUCGUCGUGGGCCUGCAGCAGCUACAGCCCUGCGCGGCCCGCGGCCCCGGCAUCGACAUGCAGCAGGUGCAGUGUCUGGUUGAGGAGAUGGGAACAAGCCUUUCUCCAGGAGCCCAGAACCUCAUGGACAUGGUGCACUUCCAGCAGAAGAACCAGACCAGCUCUCUGGGCGGCUUCCUGCCUCUCCUGAUGGGCGGUGGCGUUUUCUCGGCCCUGGCUCAAGGAGCCAACAUCUCCCCAGCAGCCGUCAGCAACCAGCCCCAGCCUGCAGACUCUGGGCCUCCAGUCGGCUCCAUCAGACCUGCAGAUGACGCUCCGCCGCUCCAGCAGAACGAAGUUUUAUGCUCGUCCGCCACGGGCAGUGAGAGCGGAGGCCCCAUGAGCCACGCCCAGAUGGCGGAGAUGAUGUCCCACUUCCUGAAAGGCCAGGGGCGCGGCCAGGCGCAGAGCCCCGGCCCGGAGCUUCUGCCCAUGCUCCAGAGCCUCUGUGGACAGGUGACCAAGCUGAGACUGGACGACGCUGCAGAGAAGGAGAAGAUGAUGAGAAAUGGCACAUGGGAGCUGGACGCGGCCAUGGAGCGCCGUCUGGAGGAGAUGGAGAGGAGGCUGAAGGAGCACGUGGACCGCCGCCUGGACGCUCUGGAGCAGAAGCUGGAGAAGGCCCUGCUGAGCGCCCUGCCGCAUGUCGUCCUCAGCCGGGGAGCCACGGGCAGCGGGGAGGAGGGGGGAGCUGCAUCCACGGGAGCGUCGGGGCAGACCGCCCCGACACCAGCCACGCACUGAGUUCAGACCCGCUUAAAGACUAACGCAACAUGCAACCUGGAAGCCUUUCUGACCCUCGCCCUUCACCAACUAGACCUUAGUGGCCGAGGGGAGGCAAAGCAGGAUAACAGAUACUAAAAUGAAUUAAGGCUGAAAUGGGAAAUAUGGAUAGAAUAACACAAUAAUCUCCUAAAAUGUAAAAUUGUGUUCAACUACAAGUGUCCAGCUGUAAAGGAUGCAGCCUCUGUAACGUUUGGUUUGGGGUUGUUUUUUUUUUAUCUCUGGGAAAAUAGCAGCUUUGCUCGACAGCCAAAGGGAAUGUCCUGGAUGUUUGUUUGGCCGAAAGAAACCAAGAAAUGUGUAUCUGCAGAGAACCCAUAUCCAUGUCACACACAACAAACGUGUCCUGUGGCUGCAGUGUGUUAAACCACUCAAGUUUUUUUGUGUGUGCAAGCACCAGAGACACAAAAGAACACCCAAAAUCCCAGAAAAAGUGAUAUGGGCACUUUAAUAAUGUACAUGCAUCACCACGAGAACACUUAUUUAUUCACAUUAAAAUGUGCAUGUAAACUAGUCCGGCUAUCACCAGACUAAAGCUCAGUCUUUUAAGAUUGAACAUCAGUCUGCUCUGUAUUUUCUACCGCACAAGAGGCGUGAUCAACGGGCAUAGUUCAAAUGACUCUGUACGUGAUUGGAUAGUCCUUCAACCAAUCAGACCAACGGUCAGGGUGACGUAGCAGCGACAGCGGCAUCAACGGGUCGCUGCACUUCAGUGGCCGCCAUGUGGAAUGUAAACAAGAAGCUGCUUGGUCGCUUCUCUAUUGCCAUUGUGUCAAACCCACCAAUAGGGCGCCAGGUGGAUAAGCCAGUUUGUGAUUGGUCCCUGCAAAAUUGUAACGGAAGCAGGAUAGAUAAACAUACAGGUUUCCAGCCUGAGCUGCAGGGAGAAAUCUAAUCCCCGGCAGAUCGGGCUGGGUCUACCCGGUCUACAUGUAAAGACAACCUUGCAGGUUUAAUGAUUCACGAGUCAUUCGCUAUAUCCAUAACAGUUCUUCUUAUUCACACUACGUACGUACUGUAACUGCACUGAUCUGCUCAUACGUCUUCUGGUUAACUGUUAAGUUCAGUACAGUUUGGUUUGACACUUGCUGAAAGUCUCAAAAUGAACACACACUCCUAUUACAGGAGUGGUUAUAGAGGGUGUGACUGAUUUAAAACGUGUUUUAAUAUGGCACUGUAAUGUUUGAAAUAAUGCACAUGUCUGUAACAUAAUGCUGCCAGUGUAAACUUGUUUUGACCUGUGAUGCUGACGGUUUUAAUAACUGUGCUGACAUAAAUAGCAAUAAAAAUAAAUUUAUACAGAU